CGGCCUUGGGCAGAGAGGGCAGAGGCAGGUGUUGGGGGAGGAGAGGGUCGGCCCCUGUACGUUCAGCCAGUCAGGAUGCUGCUUUGGCCCGCGUUGGAGCAAGCGCAAGACCUACCGCACUGAGUCCGGGCGCGGGCGGUGGGGCGACUUCUUCACCGGGCUCCUGAAGCAUGUUCGAUGUCUCUCUAUUAAAAAGGUGGUUUUCCUGUAAUAAACGUUAUUUUCAGGGCCUUGGAAGCGAUAUGGUUACCGUUGUAUGCUUGGCAGGCAUGGAUUUAUUUUUACAUUCAUUCAAAAGUAUUGAGCACUCUCGUUAGGCGCUCCCUCUGAACAAAACUGAUAAAAUCUCUAUAUUGUUGAAGUUGAGGAGACAAUAAGCAAAAGAAAUAAUUACAGAGAUCCGAGGACAGCCACACAGUGCCUCCUCCCCUUCAGAGCGGGUGUUCCCGAUGCCCCUGCCCAGGAAGGCCCCUCUCAACAUUCCUGGAACCCCAGUCCUUGAAGACUUUCCUCAGAAUGAUGAUGAGAAGGAGCGGCUACAGCGGAGGCGCUCAAGGGUCUUUGAUCUGCAGUUCAGCACUGACUCGCCUUGCUUGUUGGCCUCCCCGUCCAGCAGGAGUAUUGAUGUUUCAGCUACUAUCCCUAAGUUUACAAACACGCAGAUCACAGAACAUUACUCCACCUGUAUCAAACUAUCCACAGAAAAUAAAAUCACUACCAAGAAUGCUUUUGGUUUGCAUUUGAUUGAUUUUAUGUCAGAGAUUCUUAAACAGAAAGACACUGAACCAACCAACUUUAAAGUGGCUGCGGGUACUCUGGAUGCCAGCACCAAGAUAUAUGCCGUGCGCGUGGAUGCCGUCCAUGCUGAUGUAUACAGAGUCCUUGGGGGGCUGGGCAAAGAUGCACCAUCUUUGGAAGAAGUGGAAGGCCAUGUUGCAGAUGGAAGUGCUACUGAAAUGGGAACAACCAAAAAGGCUCCAAAACCAAAGAAGAAGCACUUACACAGAACCAUUGAACAGAACAUAAAUAACCUCAAUGUGUCUGAAGCAGAUCGGAAGUGUGAGAUUGAUCCCAUGUUUCAGAAGACAGCAGCCUCGUUUGAUGAGUGCAGCACAGCAGGGGUGUUUCUGUCCACUCUACACUGCCAGGACUAUAGAAGUGAGCUGCUCUUUCCCUCUGAUGUCCAGACUCUCUCCACUGGAGAACCUCUCGAGUUGCCAGAGUUAGGUUGGGUAGAGAUGACAGAUUUAAAAGCAUCCUUGCAGCAGUGUGCAGAAGAUCGCCAGAUCUGCCCUUCCCUGGCCGGGUUCCAGUUUACUAAAUGGGACAGUGAAACACAUAAUGAGUCUGUGUCGGCCCUGGUAGACAAGUUUAAGAAGAAUGACCAGGUAUUUGACAUCAACGCCGAGGUUGAGGAGAGUGACUGCGGAGACUUCCCUGAUGGGUCCCUGGAGGAUGACUUUGAUGCCAUUGAUGAACCCAACCACACUGCAUUUGGGGAUCAUGAAGAGUUCAGGAGCUGGAAGGAAUCCUGCCACGUUCAGAGCUGCCAAGAAGAAAUUAUUUCCCUUGGUGAUGGAGACAUCAGGACCAUGUGCCCCCUUCUGUCUAUGAAACCUGGAGAAUAUUCUUAUUUCAGUCCUCGGACCAUGUCGAUGUGGGCUGGCCCGGAUCACUGGCGCUUUAGGCCUCGACGCAAACAAGAUGCUCCCUCCCAAUCAGAAAACAAAAAGAAGAGUACAAAGAAAGAUUUUGAAAUUGACUUCGAAGAUGAUAUUGACUUUGAUGUAUAUUUUAGAAAAACAAAGGCUGCUACUAUUCUGACCAAGUCCACUUUGGAGAACCAGAAUUGGAGAGCUACCACCCUUCCUACAGAUUUCAACUACGAUGUCGACACUCUGGUCCAGCUUCACCUCAAACCAGGCACCAGGUUACUCAAGAUGGCGCAGGGCCAUAGGGCAGAGACUGAGCAUUAUGAAGAAAUUGAAGACUAUGAUUACAACAACCCUAACGACACCUCCAACUUUUGCCCUGGAUUACAGGCUGCUGACAGUGAUGAUGACGAGUCAGAUGACUUAUUUGUGGGAGCACUUGGGAACUCUGGCCUCUCACCUUAUCCUUGCCAUUCACCUAAGACAGCACAACAGAAUGGUGACACUCCUGAAACCCAAGGAUUAGACAUUACAACAUACGGGGAGUCAAACCUGAUAGCUGAGCCUCAGAAGGUAAAUAAAAUUGAAAUUCACUAUGCCAAGACUGCCAAAAAGAUGGACAUGAAGAAGUUGAAGCAGAGCAUGUGGAGUCUGCUGACAGCGCUCUCUGGAAAGGAGGCAGACAUAGAGGCAAACCACAGGGAAGCUGGAAAAGAAGGGGUCCCGGCAGAAGUGGCUGAUGAGAAGAUGCUCAGCAGACUCACAAAGGACCUGCAGAGGAGCCUGCCCCGUGUCAUGGCUCAGAACCUCUCCAUUCCUCUGGCUUUUGCCUGUCUCCUACAUUUAGCCAAUGAAAAGAAUCUAAAGCUGGAAGGAACAGAGGACCUUUCUGAUGUUCUUGUGAGGCAAGGAGAUUAAGUUCCCUGUGGACAGGGAUUGAGUUGCCAGGACAUCCCCAGUCUGAGUAGAAGAAGAUGCCGUGGACUUACAGCCAGGUUGUAGCCAACUACCAGCGUCCCUGUUUAUUUGUUGCUCUUUCCUUCUCUCCAUCACAGUCUGGGUGCCAGCGCCUUGAAGCUCUGUGUUUGACUGAUUAAACUUUACUGCCUUAUGGUGACCAUCUAGGAGAGGCGAGGGCAGAGGGGGUGAGGGUGCUAUUCUGGAUUGAGAAAAUCUAUAUCCAUUCUUUAUAUCAAUGUAUAGUUUUAGUCUCCUAAAUUGAUCUGUUAUUUUCCAAACUUUAGUCUUAUAGAAAAUUUUCCAGUAGGCACUUAAUGUUGCCCUUAAAGAACUUCCUAAUCCAUGUACAUAAAAUACAUCAUAUGUACACUUAAAAAUGUAUAUAGAAUGCUUUAAAAUAAAAUUCUAAAUAAUUAACUGGCAGAAUA